UAGAAAGGUAGGCCUAUAUAAAGGUAUGAGUUCGCACUCGUUUUCCUCUGUAAACUAACAUCACUGUUUGGACGGGUUAGAGAGGGCUACCAGCACUUUAUUUGGUGUUUGGAUAGCAAGCGUCGGGAUUUGCAGCAACAGCAUUUUCAACACACACAACCAGCCACGAGCGAGGAUUUGAACAUGGUGCAGCUGUCUCCAUCCCCAGCCCGGGAUGCUUCUCCUUCACCUGAGUGCUCCGAGAAGGGGAGGCAGGGGAGCCCGAAGGCAGGUAGCCCCAAGAUGGGCUCCCAUGGUGGGCUGAGUCCUCUCCAGCUAGCACUGGGAACCUCCAUCCCCAACUACCAGGGCUACGAGAGUUACAUCGAGGACGGCCUCAUCUGCCUCAAGCACAAGAUCCGCAACCUGGAGAAAAAGAAGAUUAAAUUGGAAGACUACAGGAAGCGUUUGAAACACGGGGAAUCACUCAAUCAAGACCAGAUAGAUGCAGUGGAGAAGUAUGACGAAGUGAUCCACAACCUGCAGUUUGCCCAGGAGCUGCACAAGACCCUGGGGGGCCUAACACAGGAACUGCUAAAAGCCCAGAAGAAGGCGUUGAGGAAGGAGCAGAUGGCCAAGCAGGAGGUAGAGAAGAGGAGGCUGUGUGUAGUGCUGCAGGUUAAGUUCCUCCUGCAGACCCUGCUGCAGCACGAGCACAUCAGGAAGGACCUCCUCUCUGCCCGCAACCUCCAGGUUGCAGAGCUACAAAGCCUGCUUGAGCUCGCUGAACUACUGGGGGUGAAGAGGGACAACAAUGUGAGUUUGGAGGAGCAGAUGGAGAGCGCAGCCCUGGUCUACCUGGACCUGCUGGAGGGGAAUAAUAAAGCUGUAGCCGGAACCACCUACAAGGUCCUGAAGGCUAAGUUGGCGAAGCUGAUGGAUUGUGGGUACUUUGAUUGUGUACCGCCGCCUCCGAGCAAGAGUCCCAAGGAAGUAGAGGUUCCCAUGACCAAAAAGACGGUGUCUGAAACAGCCAGCCUCUCUACCCUAAUGAUGUCAAACAAAAAAGACUUGCCUAGCAGAGAGUUUCUUAACAGACACUACCUGCCUGACACAGACCCCAAUGGGUGUCGAGACGCUCCCGUUACUCCGAACUGGAAGGCUGAGUUCCAGGCCAUGAAGGAACAGGAGCCACCGGACUCGUGGGAUAUGGAGUCUGACUCCACUCAGCCUGUAAUCCAGAAACCAUGGAGAGGGGCGGCUGUGUUCAUCUCCAAAGUGCCGGUUACUACCAAGAAAGAAAAUGCUGAACCCAAACAGAGAAGAGCGAAGUCUAAAAGGGAGCGGGACGCCACAGCUGCACUUCGUGUGGACACCCCUGUGGAGGUGUUCAACUCCCAGUCUUCCUUGCCCAAGGACCCCAUCCUGCCCAAGGACCCCAUCCUUCGCAAGCAGCAGCUGGAGGACCUGAUGAUCAAGAUCAGAGGCUCCUUCAGCUUCAUGCAGGAUUCUCUUCUGGAUGGAGAAGGAUCACCCAUUAACGGCCAUCCUAGACUGGGCCGGCAUGCCUCUGGAUCCCCCUCUCCACUCGUACAGAGAGAGUCAAGGAGAAGCCCAGUGGACCAUCUCCCCAAAACACUGCAUUCCACUCCAUUGCCUUCUAAACUCCUCCCUGUUGAUGACGAACCCAGUCUGACCAAUGGAGACGGGGGUUGUCUAGAGAGCUGUGACCUGGACCUGACUACAGAGGACCUGGCUCAUGUCAUAGCCAUUGAUCCAUGUCUGCUGCUGUCUGAGAGUGAGACUGCCUGCCCCUCUCCUCCAGCUCCUCCUUCCUUCUACCGUAGGGAGUCCUCCAUCUCCAUCACCCUGGACGAGAAGACCUCUGCUCGGACUCCCAUCUCUGAAUCUGGGAAGCAAUCCCCCUGUAACGGGGUGGUGCCUCCUUGUACCCCAACCCCCACCCAGGGGCAGCCGUUUUCUACCCCUCCCAGCAGACGUACACUCAACAUGGCCCCCUCUGUUCCCUUCCAGACCAUGCAUUCGGUAUUCAAGGUGAAUGCCCCCUUACUUCCGACUGGAGACUUUAAAUCUGAUAUUAUCCCCUAUUCGGACUCCGGCAACGACCUGUGCUAUGUCACCACCAGCACCCAGACCCCACCGGAUUUUGCUCCCCUGGAGGAUGAACACCUACAGUCAGCGAACCAGUCUGAAUGUCUGGUGGGUAGUGGUGGGCAGAUCUUCCUGUCCCCUAGCCAAUCAGGUGGCACCAUGGGCCGUUCUGACCAAUCAUACUACAGAGGAUCUGUUAGAGGUAUUGCACGUGGUGGCAAGGGGCUGGCACACUCCUACUUUCGCUCUUCUGGUGGGCACAGAGGAGGAAGCUUCAUCCCCCAGGCUCACCUGUACGGCGCUCGGGACACUGGCUACCAGCACAGCUACAGGCGUGGUGGAGGCAAUGCAGGACAAAGGCACAAUAAUAGUGGUUGGAGUGACUCCUCCCAGGUGAGCAGCCCAGACCGGGAGGGCAACUACUCCCUGGUGGACUCCGCCCACGGCGACUCGCUGCAGGGUGUUGGCAUGGACCUCACCCCCCAGGUGACACCUCAUGCCCCCCACACCCUGAUGCACGUACCCAUGUACCCGCUCCCCCAGCAUCCCCAGCCCCUCCGCGUGGCCUUCACAGCAGCCCGCACAGCCAACUACACCCCGGGCACCCUGGACCAGCCCAUCACCUUUGACCAGCUCCACAGCAACCUGGGGGAGAUGUUCAACACCAACGUGGGUCGUUUCAUCUGCCCAGCCAACGGCACCUACGUCUUCCUCUUCCACAUCCUCAAGCUGGCGGUCAACGUGCCGCUCUACGUCAACCUGAUGCGCAACGACGAGGUGAUGGUGUCUGCGUACGCCAACGACGGGGCUCCGGACCACGAGACGGCCAGCAACCACUCCAUCCUGCAGCUGUACCAGGGAGACCAGGUGUGGCUGCGGCUGCACCGCGGAUCCAUCUAUGGCAGCAGCUGGAAGUACAGCACAUUCUCUGGCUUCCUGCUCUACCAGGACUGAGCUAUUGUGGCGUCUUGAGCCAACAUGGAGGAUACAGGUGGAGGAGAGACUAUUGCUUUGCACUUAAAAGGAGAAACUGACAUUUUCCAUUUCAUGUGACAGACUGUAUAUCCACCCAGUGCUGGGUUCAUUGCCUACCCCAGUCCUAGAGUGUAUGGGGUGUGUUCAAUGUUCAAACCUUUCAGGAUCACCCUUUUGUUUACCCUAUAAAUUGCAACCACUAACUUCUGGGUCACUAAGGGGUUGAGGGGAAGAAUUCCUGGUUUGACCUUUCAUGACCCAUAAUGUGAGCAUUUUCCCAUAAAUGUGUUUUUUGGUUGUUGUGCUUAUAGACCGACACUCCAUUUUCUGACAAACUGUUAGAUUGUGAAUAGUUGUUACACAUUCACUCAGAAAGCUGCCUCUACUAUACACUGCUGCUGCUGUAUUCGGUGUCACAAUUUGAGUUCUAGUAGCAGGUCCGCUUCAGUUACAAUGUGUCAGGUCUCUAAGACAAAUGAAAAGUUAUGAAUUGUUUUCUUUGUUUUCUGAAUGACUGGGUAAAUUCAUUGAAUGGCUAAUGUAUGUUUGGUGAAAUAUGAAUUAUAAUGGACUGUACUUGACAAUGCUAAACACUUUAAAUGCAUUCUGUGCUGCCUUGCUGUGUGGGGUGAUCGGGGUAAAAUGGUUCAGGGGGGGGGGGGGGGUGUAUGGUGUCUGAUUCUGAACACAAGGCCAUAUUGUCUAUGGAGAUGUGAUCCUUAUGUGCCUGAAUAAAACAAUGUUUCAGCAG